AUGAGUGCUCUCAACGGUGUUGAAGAACCCAGCGAGAUGCAUCCCAUCGGAGGAGAAGAAGUUGAUGAUUCUGAAGAGAAGGACAAAAUUGGGAACAGAGCAAAGGAGAUUUCUGUCAAGUAUGACUCGAAAAGUGCCACAGGGUUUGUUGGAAUCGUCAAGGAAAAGGAUGAAAAGGCAUACAUCAACUCUCUGCUCCAAAUGUUAUUCCACAUACCUUACUUAAGAAAGCUUGUCAGAAACAUUCCCGAGACUGUGAAGGAUACAUCUACACUAUCAACCAUCAAGCAAUUGUUUUACAAUCUUGAGAUUAGUGAUAUUAGUGUUUCCAAAGUGGCGUUGCUUAGUUUUUCUGAUGCUUCAUUAGAAGACGAGGUUCGAACUCUCUGUAAAGAAUUUGAAGACAAAAUGAAGGGUAUGGUGGAAGAAGGAGCAAUGAGGAAGUUGUUUGAAGGUCAAUACAAUAAGAACGGAAACGUCCGUGACACGUUUUUUGGCUUGGACCUCGAGGUUAAAAACUGCAAGGAUGUUUAUGCUUCGUUGAACAAGUACAUUGACGAUAAACAAAGCGGUGCCUUCACAGCCUUUCCCCCGGUUCUGCAGCUUCGUCUUGUGAGGUCUUGCGGUGAUGACAAGAACACGCUAGAGGUCAAUGAUGGGUAUGAAUAUCCAUAUCAGUUGGAUCUUGAUAGAGAGGAUGGAAAGUAUUUGAGUAAUGAUGCCGAUAAGAACAUCCGCAACCUAUACACACUUCAUAGUGUGCUUGGUCACAAUACUAGUGACAAUUACUUUGCAAUUAUAACUCCAAAACUCUCAAAAACUUGGUUCAAGUUCGAGGACGAACAAGUCACUCUACUGGCUAUGCAAAGAAACAUGGAAGAGCAAAACGGUGGUGAAGAAGAGUUUCCACCUUUUAAGUUCACAGACGGAUCCAUUGCACCGAUGCUCAUAUAUUGCCGGAAAAAGGGGAGGGACAUGUUACGUUGCAUUGAUGGAAAAGAGAUAAAUGAGAAGCUCCGCACAAACGAAAUGAAACCAUCUGACAUUUGUGGCUUAUGCUCCGGUGUGGGAUCCGCAGUCAUUGACGUGGAAGAUUUUGGAGUCAUCUCAGCACCAAAGGCACCACCAAAUCCAAAGGUCACCAAAAUAUCAACAAGACAAUCGUAG